UCUAAAAAUAUUCAUUGCUAGAUUCAAUCAUUAUGGAGCAUUCCAAAAUAUCCACUUUAGUCCAAAUAUGUAUUCUUCUUCUAUUUCAUCAAUUUUUAGCUUCAAUGACAGUUUCAGCCUUUGCUUAUCAAUCAACUCCACAAAACUUCAUCAAUUGCGUCUCAUAUAACUCAGACCUUUCCACACUCCCACUCUCUAACACAAUCAUCUUCACACCAAACAACUCCUCAUUAUUCACUUCAACUCUACAAUCUUCAGCUCAAAACCUUCGUUACUUGUCUCCUUCAUCUCCCAAACCCGAAUUCAUCUUCACUCCGUUGUCUGAUUCCCACGUCCAAGCCGCGGUUCUUUGCUCAAAACAUCUUGGAAUCCACCUCAGAUUCCGCAGCGGAGGCCACGACUAUGAGGGCCUCUCUUACGUUUCCCAAAUCGAAACGCCUUUCGCCAUUGUAGACCUCGCCAAGCUUAGAUCAGUGGAAGUUGAAAUCCAACACAACACGGCGUGGAUACAAGCCGGGGCAACUGUGGGAGAAGUUUACUACAGAAUAUCACAGAAGAGUAAAGUCCAUGGAUUCCCAGCUGGGCUUUGUACAACUUUAGGCAUUGGUGGCCAUAUAACCGGUGGAGCCUAUGGCUCAAUGAUGAGAAAAUACGGUUUAGCAGCUGACAAUGUUCUUGAUGCUAAAAUCGUCGAUGUUAAUGGGAGGUUACUUGACCGUGCAGCCAUGGGAGAAGACCUUUUUUGGGCUAUCAAAGGUGGUGGAGGAGCGAGUUUUGGUGUCAUCCUAUGGUGGAAGAUAAGACUCGUACCGGUUCCCGCAACUGUGACAGUUUUUACCGUUAGUAGGACAUUGGAACAGGGGGCAACUAAGCUACUCUAUAAGUGGCAAAAUAUUGUGGACAAAAUGGAUGAAGAUUUGUUCAUAAGAGUACUUAUACAACCAAUGAGUGCAAAAACUACAAAUGAAAAGAGAACGAUUUCAACUUCUUACCAAGCUCUAUUUCUUGGUGGAACUGAUAGACUUGUUCAAGUUAUGUCUAAUAGUUUCCCUGAAUUGGGUUUGACAAGAAAAGAUUGUGUUGAAAUGAGCUGGAUUGAGUCUGUUGUUUACAUCUCAACAACAUACCCAAGUGGAGCUCCCAUUGAGGUUCUGCUCAAUCCAAAAACAACAUCAAAAUAUUCUUUUAAGGCCAAAUCAGACUUUGUGAAAAAUCCAAUACCUGAAAGUGGACUCGAAGGGAUUUGGCAACGGUUUUUGGUUGAAGAAAACCCUUUAACGAUUUUGACACCUUAUGGAGGAAUGAUGAGCAGGAUUCCGGAAUCUGCUACCCCAUUCCCUCACAGGAAAGGAAUCAUUUACAUGAUUCAGUACCUUUCUCUUUGGUUUGAUGGAGAAAAGAGCACUCAAAAGCAUGUGAAUUGGAUUAGGAAUCUUUAUGACUACAUGACUCCUUAUGUUACAAAUAAUCCAAGAGAAGCUUAUGUCAAUUAUAGGGAUCUUGAUUUGGGAAUGAACAAAAAAAGCAGUACAAAUGUGAUGGAAGCAAGUGUUUGGGGGAGUAAAUAUUUCAAGAGUAAUUUUCAAAGGCUUGUUUGGGUCAAAACCAAGGUUGACCCUGGAAACUUUUUCAGGCAUGAACAAAGUAUCCCUCCUAUGCCACGCUCUCUUUAAUGUCACCCUCUUCAAUCUCAAGAUUAAUGAAGAUAUUAUUACCAAAGCGCUAAACUUCAUCCAGUAUUGUAUUAAGUUAUAUAUGUUGUAGUUGAAAUAAUAUAUAUUUAUUUUUAGGAGUGUUAUGUAAAAUCUCACCUCACUUUGUGGUCUUACACACCUCAAAUGAGAUAAAAGAAACUUCACUGAAGCAAAUGGUUGUUUUGACUUUAUAUUGCUUGUUAUGUAACCUGAUGGUACUGAUAGAUUAGUGAAAAAAAUAAUAUUUUAAUGGCUUUGUUUA